AACGAACCAGAAAUCCCGUGUCACCGAUCUGCCCUCCAUUCUGUCCAUCAACUGUGGACUGGACAACGAGAAGGAACUCGAUUACUUGAGGCGUCAGAUGGCUCGCGGUACCGCACAAGGAACAGCACAGACUCAACAGCAGCAGCAGCAGCAGCAACAACAACAGCAGUCAGGAGCUGCAGCAGGAUCACCAGGAGAUCAAUCCGGAACAGCCGUUUCAUUUAACGGAUCCAGCACAAGCACCAAGAUGUGUCGCUACGGAACGAACUGCUCGCGAGUUGAUUGUCACUUUGCACAUCCACGCAAAUCCUCACCCUGCGUCAUAUCAGCAGCCCCGGCCGGAGGGGCAGCAGCUACACACGGCAUGCAAAAAUCCUGGUUCCCGCUUAGCUUCCAGAUGCUGCUCGACGAAGAGCGGAAUCUCGAGAUUAGUUCACUUAGGACGGCUUCGAAUGGGGAAACGACGGUACCCGAAACGAAGGUCACUCCUGGAGACCCCCAAUCGUCAUCGUCAGUAACUGCAACAGGUGUUACCGAUGCUUCACCAACCGAAGAAGCAUCGGAAGAUGAGCCUAAAUCGGCUAGUGAUGCUGAAGCACCACCGGCAACAGCGUCUCCGGAUGUGGAAAAGAUCAGUAAAACCUUCAAUCUGUCCGCCGUGGUUUGCUACAUCAACGAUGGGUCUGCGCGCAAUCUGGUGUCACUCAUUCACGUACCGGCCAGUUAUCACGAGCUGAAGCAAUCGACUGACCCGACAUCGGCCGCUGCCGGUAGUUGGUACAUUUUCAACGAUUUUAGCAUCUCACCGGUCACGGUACAGGAAGCGGUAUGGUUUACGCUCGACUGGAAGGUACCUUGCGUGCUGUUUUACACCAGCGCCAGUUCGGUCCAUGCCCAAGCGAUCGGCGGUGAGGCCGAGUGUGAACGAUUGACGCAGUAUGUGAACCCCUUCUCGACCGAUCUGUUCGUUGAGGAUACAUCCUUUAUUGGCACCGGUGGAGAUGGCGUUGAGGAUGGUAAACCUUCGGUGCAGCGUGACGGUGAUGAGUUGUCGGAAGGCUUUAAACCUUUGGCGAGGAACGAAAUCUUCAGCGCAGGCGAUCUGGUUGCGAUGGAUGCGGAGUUUGUGACGCUGAACCCGGAAGAAAGUGAAAUCCGUUCCGAUGGCAAGAUGUCGACGGUGAAACCGAGCCACAUGAGUGUAGCGCGCAUCACGUGCAUUCGCGGGCAGGGUGAAGAUGAGGGUGUCCCGUUCAUGGACGAUUACAUCUCGACACAGGAACAGGUGGUCGAUUAUCUGACCAAAUUUUCCGGCAUCAAACCGGGUGAUCUGGAUGCGAACUUUAGCAAGAAGCGACUCACGACGCUCAAGAACUCAUACCAGAAGCUGCGCUACCUGGUCGACAGUGGUGUCGUGUUUGUGGGCCACGGGUUAAAGAAUGAUUUUCGCGUCAUCAACAUCAUCGUACCACCGGAGCAGAUCGUCGAUACGGUGCACCUGUUCCAUCUGCCCCACCAUCGUAUGGUUUCGCUGCGCUUCCUCGCCUGGCACUUUCUCGGCAUCAAGAUACAGUCGGAAACGCACGAUUCCGUCGAGGACGCCCGGACGGCUCUGCAGCUGUACAAACACUACCUGCGGCUCCAGGAGAAGGACGAGUUCUCCCGAGCCCUGUCCACGUUGUACGAGAAGGGCAAGAAGUUGCAGUGGAAGGUACCGGAUUAAUGGGGCCCCGGGGAGCGCAUUUUAUUUCUCUUUAUUAUUACACAUCAUUCACGUUCAUGUAGCAGGGCGACAUGGUUCGCUAGAAAGUUUCAUUCGCUUGUAUGUCCCCAUUUUUCGUACCCUUUUUGUUUAUUCUCUUGCUCUCGGAGGAGUGGGCUCCCAAUCAAGAACCAUCUGUGUACAAAAGAGAUUGUAACAACCUC